ACCCUCACCAAGCCCACCUUCUGCCACGGCUGCACCGACUUCAUCUGGGGGCUCGCGGGCUACCAGUGCGACGUUUGCAACUUCAUGUCUCAUGAAAAGUGCCUCAAGAAUGUGAAGAUACCGUGCUCAUGUAUUGCUCCGAGCCUUGUAAGGGUUCCAGUUGCACACUGUUUUGGGCCUCCAGGACAUUAUAAAAGAAAGUUUUGCACUGUGUGCAGAAAGUCACUAGAUUCGCCUGCCUUUCGAUGUGAAGUUUGUGAGCUGCAUGUGCAUACGGAUUGUAUCCUGUUUGCCUGUAGUGACUGCCGUCAGUGUCACCAGGAUGGACACCAGGACCAUGAUACUUACCACCAUCACUGGAGGGAGGGAAAUCUCUCUUCAAGCGCUCGUUGUGAAGUUUGCAAGAAAACCUGUGGCUCCUCCGAGGUGCUGUCUGGCAUGAGAUGUGAAUGGUGUGGCAUUCUGGCUCAUGCUGCUUGCUAUGUAAUAGUCACACCGCAAUGUACUUUUGGAAGAUUAAGGAAUAUGAUUCUUCCUCCAAACUGUGUGCGAUUAUAUUCUCGCAACUUCAGCAAACUGCACUGCUUUCGUAUAUCAGAGAACUUGCAGGCAGAGCCAGAUGAAGAUGAUGAUUUUGAUGGGUCAACACCGGGGUCAACAAAAGAUGUCCAAACUUCUACAGAUUCAAGUAAACAAACAUUAAAGAUAUUUGAUGGGAAUGAUGCAGUGAAACGCAAUCAAUUUCGACUGAUUUCAGUUCCAAGGAUUGCCAAAAAUGAAGAAGUUGUGGAAGCUGCCUUGCGGGCAUACUACAUAAAUGAUGAUCAGCAGGAUUAUGAGCUCCAGACCUUUACCCAGCAGGCCCUGUUAUCUGAUGAUGUUAUCAACAGGAACCACGCUUUGGAUGACAGCAACACAGGUCCAAUAUUCCGAGAAUCCACCCCUGAUGCCUGGAUCAUCAGAGCCAAACCGAAGGAUGAAGAAGUGAUCAGGAUUUAUCCUGCUUGGCUUAAGGUGGGAAUGGCUUAUAUUUCUCUACGAGUAAAUAAGGACAGCACUACACAGACUGUGAUCAAAGAAGUGCUUCCAUUGCUUGGAAGGCAGACGGAGUCUAUCCAGAAUUUCAAGUUAGUAGAAGUACUUAUGGGCAGUAAGCAAGUUCAGCGGAUGGUGUUGGACAGUCAGGAACUGAUCCUUAAUAGACUUAAGGACAUACGAAAGACUUCAAUACGUCAGAUGAAUCAAACAAGGUUUUAUGUUGUGGAAAACAGUAAAUCCGUUGUUCGAGUAAAUUUAUUUAUUGGUGGCCUUCCCCCUCAGCUUUCUGCUGAGGAAUACACUAAAAUUCUCAAGGAUGAACUAGCUAUCAAAACAAAUGUAGUAUCCGUGAGUCAUGUUUAUCAAGCACAAGGUGCUGUUGUACUCGAAAUUUCCUGUUUUUCUGAAGCUGAAAGAAUAUAUAUGCUAGUUAAAGAUACAACUGUCAAUGACAAGCCUCUGACCGGUGUGGUGAUUCCUGAAGUUAUGGCUUCCAAGAUACCACAGAACUGCUGCCCACUUCUUGUAUUUGUGAAUCCAAAAAGUGGGGGUCUGAAAGGUCGGGAUCUGCUCUACAGUUUUAGAAAGCUGCUAAAUCCCCAUCAGAUCUUUGAACUUACUAACGGCGGCCCACUGCCUGGGUUCCACACGUUCUCCAGGGUGCCCUCCUUCCGAGUGCUGGUGUGCGGCGGGGACGGCACCGUCGGCUGGGUCCUCGGCGCCCUCGAGGAGAUCCGGCACAAGCUGGUGUGCUCGGAGCCCUCCGUUGCCAUCCUGCCCUUGGGAACGGGUAACGACCUGGGGAGGGUGCUGCGCUGGGGAGCUGGCUACAGCGGCGAGGACCCCUUCUCUGUUCUCAUCUCCGUGGACGAGGCCGACGACGUGCUCAUGGAUCGCUGGACUAUCCUCUUGGAUGCCGAAGAGCCUUCCGAAGGAGCGGAGAACGGCCUGGCCGAGCCCGAGCCCCCCAAGAUUGUACAAAUGAACAAUUACUGUGGCCUUGGCAUUGAUGCAGAGUUGAGCUUGGACUUUCAUCAUGCUAGAGAAGAAGAACCUGGGAAAUUUAAUAGCAGGUUUCACAACAAGGGUGUUUAUGUGAAGGUCGGGCUGCAGAAGAUAAGUCAUACCAGAAAUCUUCACAAAGACAUAAAGCUUCAGGUGGACCAGCACGAGGUGGAGUUGCCAAGUAUAGAAGGACUCAUUUUUAUUAAUAUCCCCAGCUGGGGCUCCGGAGCCGAUCUCUGGGGUUCGGAGAGCGACAACCGCUUUGAGAAGCCGCGGAUCGACGACGGGCUGCUUGAGGUGGUCGGAGUCACCGGCGUUGUUCACAUGGGCCAGGUCCAAGGAGGUCUCCGAUCAGGAAUCCGCAUAGCCCAGGGCUCGUACUUCCGUGUAACACUCCUAAAGCCAAUUCCAGUUCAAGUUGAUGGAGAGCCCUGGAUCCAGGCCCCAGGCCAGAUCAUUAUUUCUGCUGCAGGACCAAAGGUCCAUAUGCUGAAGAAAUCCAAGCAGAAGCAGAAGAAAACUGGAAGCCUGAAGGAGAUGAGAACAGAUGUCGGCAUGUCCGUCACUGAAGGAGGACGCUAAUGGGAGAUCCGUGGUCAGCAAACUACUGUAGAUACCACAAUAGUUCAGUGAAACGGAAUGCAGACAACGGGGCUUCGGAGAAGGGUUGCUCAUGAGCGUGCCUUUCAUCACGUAAUAUCGUACUGGGUUCUGCUUGGUUAUUCAAAGAUAGUGCCUCAUUGCUGCAAAUACUUGUUAAGUACCACAUGUUAUCUGAAGUGUUUACUUUGGGUUGCUUUUCUCCAAACCAUUCCCCAGUUUUUAGUUUAUGGAAACUGAGGCCAAACAUGGAUUCCGAGAUGUUGAGGUUUCUACAUCUGUUUUUACAGAAACUCAUCCUCUCUGGCCUGUUUUUUUUUUUUUUUUCCUCAAGAAAACCAUUCCAUAGGAAUAGCAUUCCAUAAAUGAAAAUCUGUUCCUUUAAAUUAAUGUCUAUGGUAACUUCCAAAUGAAAAAAAAAGGCAGAGAUGGACUGCUGAGUCGUCCUUGCAUGACUCCAAAUAACACAGCUGGAGCAGUGCUACCACAGAAGAGAAGAACAUAAAACAUAGGAGAAAUGAUUUCUAUAAAAGGAGCCCCGUGCACUAGGGAGGGAGAAUGUGCUGGACCAGUUGAGUCAAAAUAUUUAGGAGAGUUUGGUUUUAACAGUAUUUGGACAAAAUGAAUGAAGGAAAAACAGCAAACAGCUUUUAAAACCAGUUACCAGCUACUGCUUAGCUUCUCCCACAUGAAGUCAAAUCCUGUUUUCAAAAGCAUUUGAAUUUCAGUGGUUGCCAUGCUAAAGUAAAAAGGAACAAGAAUUCCCUUAGGCAGUAUUACAUGAUACUGAUUAUUUUCUGUCAUUGAGAAGUUACCUUUGACAUCAGACUUCUCUCCUUGUGUUUGUGUUAUUUCACAUUUACUCAGCUGUCACAUGUCGGACUCUUAUUUUAGAGCAACCUUCAAAGAUUAAACGAACCAUCAUUAAAUAGGAUAAAAGAAGUACCUUUUAGUGUUUACUAAAGCCAAUUAGGGCAGUGGCAGGUUAAAGCUGAGCUGAAAUAGGGUGCUGCAGGCUUCAGAUGACUGGGAAUGUGGCAGUUUCUUUGAAAACUCACCCACCUGAUGACCCUUUGUGGGUCCCUCGCAGCCGCUCUCCUUGCCAGCAGUUGCAGGGAUGGGUGUUUGGUGGCUCCCAUGGACAUCUGCUCUUCAGAGGUUGUCCCUCUUCCAGCUCCUGUGGGAUCAGACUACCUCUCCGUGCUCGCCUGCCUGCUGAAGACACGGGGAUGCAGUUUUCUUCACUUCGCAAUGUUUUCUUCAGUCAUGCAGAGAUGGCACGAGCUGCCCACGUUUCUCCUUGCUGUCCAGUGGUUCUUGUUGUUAACAAGGCCUUCCUGUUCUAGUAGAGAUGCAUUUGGAGGAUAAUUCCUUUGUUUUCAGUGAAGCUUCCUGUUAAUCAUUUAAAAUGGACCACAACUUAUUGCACAUGUUAACUAGACUGAUGCUAUGAAGGCGAUUGUGUUGAUGACACACAGCUAAAACACUCAUCUCUUAGUUAUUAAAAAUUGGGGAUUGUCUCCGCCUCAGAGCGUGGGCAGGAAGGGACCUGGAGCUCACCCGGUGUCCUGGUACUGGCAUUGCCACUAGGAAGGGACAAGUGUUGUCUUUUGGGGUCUCUCCCCUCAGGAUGAAGCUCACAACUUAGGAACUCUUAAAUAGAUUGCUGCUUAUAGCCCGGAAAGCCAAAGAAACUGCUUGGCCAACCUGGAAGACCAGCGGCAUGGUCUUCCAUCCAACUGAAGACUCGGUGAUGGGGAGGCAAGGCUGACUUUUGUUUACAGAAAACAUCCAUGAACUUCAAGUUUGUUGGCACUGACCAUCCCCUACAGCCUUUCACUCACCGCCGUGUUUUGCUUGAACAAAGUGGAACUCUUGGGUUGGGGGACACUGAACUGUGGUACAUCUUCCCACAGGGAUCCCACAUUCCUGGGAUGUUGCCGAAGCCUGUUGUAGGGCAGCCCUGCUCCUCUUCCCUGGCGGAGGCAUGAAUGUGCAAAGAGGAGCCUAGCAAAUGGAAGGGAAAAGUCCUUUUUUCUUUGCAGAAAGGAGCUCCAACAUAUUAACUGAGCAGACUGCUCAGCGGGGUUGGGCUUUAUCUCGAGUAGAAGUCACUUGCCAUAUUGUGUCUGCCCUAGAUGAUUUUUGGCAUGUUGUCAAAGCAAAACAUGUUUCUGGGCAGCUGGGAUAGGAAAGCUCCCCUGGAACCUUUUAACAGGAAAAAAAAAAAGGAAAUCUCUGUUGAGUAGUGUUUAGAUCUUCCAGUUUCAGGUACUGUAAAAGACCAGUAUGCCUGUUCUAAGUAGCUUUUCAUCAUAUUAGUUAUCUUAGAGGCCUAAAAUAUUCUUCUGUAAUAACAUAGGACUUGAAGAGAGGUGUUGACUCCUUGUAUUUGACAGGAAACGUCUUCAGUUUGCAUUUGCACUGAACAAUGUGAGAGUAGCGAAAAAGCCAUGGAGAAGGCUCAGUUGUGGCAAAGCUGGGCGCUGAGCAGCACCAGGGAUAUGGGAUCAGAGACCACAGGCCUGGAUGGUGGGAAUGUGGGUGCACGGCCACCCAGAGGGCACUUCUUGGCCGUCUCUCUGCGGCGCUGUUUUCUCACCCCGUUCGUGGACCGCAGCGGCACUUCACAGAGCCAUGUGUUAGUGCUCAACCUUCCCUCGUGUCCUUGGAGGCUUUGCCAGCACAGGCUGGAGACGGGUCCUGGGUACACGGCGCAUAUCCCAGUGCCACUGACAGGAAAGGCUGUGAUCAGCUCCUGAUAUCUGCUCUGGUGAUUGAGUGCAUCAUUCCCGUCCUCUGGGACAGCCUAAAUUCCAAAUACCACCCCGGAGAUACAGAUGUUCCCCCCAACACAACCUGCAGCCUUUGUUCAGCCAGCUUGAACUGCUGGUGCUCUUGUUGCAUUGGUUUUUAAAUGAAAGUAUAUGGAGCUCUUUUGCCAAAAAUACUCUUAUUUAUACAUGUGUGCGUGUGUAUACAUAUAUAUGUGUGUGUGCACGUCAUCUCUAACUUCUCUUUUUUCGCUGUGCAGUGGCAUUUGGGCAGCACGCCCCUCUGGGUCUCUGUGUCACUGCUUCCAGGUAGGAUGCUGGCAGUUUGCUUUCUUGCUGGUACCAUUCUCCUGUUCUCUGCUCCUUGCGUUUCCAGUGUCCUAAUGCCAGUGCUUUCCAGCCUGCCGUGGUGGUGAGUCAAAGCACAACUCUUUCAAACGCAGUGUCUGCUUGAGGACGUGCCGAGCUCGCAUUGCGCAAUGGGGAUUGAGCUCACAUUGCUCUUUGGGGAUUUAAAUCAAAUCUUUGUGUGUUUAAAGUAGCAUUUAACCUAACGCUUUCAAUUUAGAAGCAGCCGUAGCAUAGUUUGUUGCAAGAUGUAAAUAGGGAACGAAACCUAAGUAAGCUGUUGUAGACAAUUCCUCGCUAAUCUUCACGGUGACCCUCUUCAGACUGUUGUACAGGUUGCACUUCUUUAAAGAGGAGGAAAUGUGCUGGUUUGGAGUGUUAGCUCCUGGAAGCGAUGAGCGUUUCUGCGUGCCUGUUCCAGCACAGGAAUAUACCGUGGCUAAAGCGAAGCCUCGUUUGGUUUGAGCAGGAGGCGGGAGGAACCGGCGCAAGGUGGGGUUGGUGAUGGGCUGAAACACCCGUCCUGGGCUUAAAACACUCACUGAUUUCAGUUCCACGUCAUCCCUUCACCAGCUGGGCUUCACGCUGCAGCCUUGGCUCCGUUUGGGGCCACGUCGCCUGUUUUUGCACUUAGCAGCAAACGCAGGUUAGAUACAGUUGGAGUGUGGCAGCAUUGCAGUGUUUGUACCUGUGAAAAUAAGGGGAUUAUUCACUCUACAGAUUGAAUAUGCACUUUCAGGCUAUGACUAAGAAAAAAAAUUAAGUCUGUAGGUGGAAAUCAACUGUUGGAGACUUCAGGAGUUGCACAGACUGCAGUGUCCCUUCAUCCCUGUCUCUAAUACUGUGUUCUCGUUGAAAGCCCUGCUUGGGAAGGAGAGAAGAUGGUAUCUUCCCCACACUGCAAUAUGUAUUUAUUUCUGACUGACUGAAAGUUCUUAUAUAUUUUUAAAAGUUACAAAUUGGCUGCUAUGUGAGGAAUUGGGGUUACUAUACUGAUUUUAUACAUAAAAGUAAUGUUAAAGUUUAUUUAUGAUGUUAACAUCUACUGAUUUCACACUUCAUUUGUAUGAGAGGUCCAUCCCAAAAACAUUCGUUUCUUUUGCUGUGUAUUUUGGGGAGACUAUGAGUGUAGCCAUUGUAUUCAUGGAAUGCAGCAAAUGGAAUGCAACCUACCAAAACAGUUAGACCAGCAGUUUCAGUGUUUACAGGACAGUGACUAUUGAUUGUAAACCCAUACAGGUCAGCUGAAACAAUGCGGUCUUUUGUGUUUCGGAGGCAUUGCUUCUGCUUCCUGUGACGGUCAAUGAAACUGUUGCCUUCUGGUUUAGACUCCUUCCUGUGCCCCUGUGGAGAAAUGGAGGCGUUGUGACCCUUCUGCCCUGGACUUAAUGGGAUUUGUACUCAUGCAAGUGUUGUGCUGAACGUGCUUUCCUAAAGAUUGACUUUAUUUUUUUGUGCAGAUAAUUUAUGAGAACAUUUUUUAAGCAGUUUGGUGUUGUUGAAGCCGGUUGGAAGUGCUGAGAUAACUCUGUGUAGAUAUUAAUUAAAGAUGUAUUCCAAAGCAGAGUAUUCCAUUUUAGCGGGGUGCUCUUGCUGGUGUAGCUGUUCCCGAUGGCUCCCAGUGUAGCAGCCUUCUGACAUGUGGGGGAAAAGCGGGAUUUGGGAAAAGGCUUCAUUUUGCCACCCACACCUUUGCUCCGGGGGUGAACCGGACUGAGCGGGUCAUUCCCUGCGCUUGGCUCACAGCAAUAGUCGUGGCACUGCAGCUUGCCCCUCGUGCCAGGAGCAACUCAUUCUGGGGAUAGUUCACACAGAAAUGGUGCAGGGAAGUGGGUCCUGAUUCACAGGCACAGAGAGAAGAGCACAGGUGCCUGUCGCUCGCCAGGCCCCGGUCCCUCCUGCCUGAGAACCACCCACGACGUGUUUACUCGCCUCAAACCGUGGCUUAACUCCUGCUUAAAUAACUGUGUUCAGUGUCUUUCACCUCUUGUUAUUUAAAGCAGCCAGCCUUGAGCAUUGGUUCUCUAGAUAAUUGCUGCUUUAAUUUAAGGAUGUUCUUAAAGUGUCUUACUUGUGAAUGUUCUAAUAGGUUGGUAGUAAAUCAGCUUGCCUAAAAAAGCAAAGCUAAGACAACCACCGAACAGUUUAGUUACUGACUAGUGCUUAUUCUUUGUGCAGCUGCUUAAUAAUUCUCCCCCAAAAGCAUAUAUAAGCAUAGAAGUGGUUGGAAGCUAUUUCCACAUUGUGUGCCUCAAACUAAUAAUGUAUCACACAUUUAGUUGUGAACUGGUCCCAAAAACAGGGUUUUUAUGGUGUAACUUGUUUCUCAACGUCUGCCUUGCAAAUCACUAUGCUCUGCUAACUCGUCUACCAAUAACAUGCCUAAUGUACUAACUGGUUAAAAAAAAAAGUAAUUUAUAAAAGAUGGACUUUUCUCUGAUAUUUAAGCAUCUGUAUGUCAUCGGAUUAUGUUCUUAGAAUAAUUCUGUAUAUAUUUUGCAAUGUGUGUUUAAUUUGACUGUACAUUUUGCACUGAUUUUAAAUUCUGUAUCCAGUUAUAAUUUGCAGUUACCA